CAUACCCAAAAGCUCUGCGUCCACAACCGCAGUCGCAAUUUACGCACCAGCGAGUGGAGAUUAGUGCUGGAGACGUGCUUCUCCUGUCGCCCGCUUUGCUCAUAUUAUUACCCAAUAUUUGGACUAAUAUUUGCUUAACAUUUUUUUUGGAGUUAACUCGCUCGGACUGGACUAUAACCUGCGCGCAAACGUCGUGCGCAACGAAGAGAUGAACGAUUUAUCCUGAAACCACAUAUUUGCUAAAUGCUGCUUUAGAGUGAAGACGUGCAAGGCACGAGCCGACACAUGGAGUCCAGGGUUCCCCACCACAUCCCCGGAGUGUCCUCCUCCCUCAUAUCCCAGCCCCUGCUGGACAGUCGAGUGCCCUACGGCCGCCUGCAGCACCCUCUCACCAUCUACCCCAUCGACCAGAUCAAGUCCUCGCAUGUGGAGAACGACUACAUCGACAGCCCCGCUGUCAUCUCCCAGCAGCCCGCGAGCCACAAGUCUGUAAACCGAAGAAUCACUUGGCUCGGUCAGAAUCAGGAGGCCUUCCUGGGCGCAAACAACAACCACCAUCACAAUCACCAACACCAGCACCAUCAGCAGGGCAGGUGUGACCCUCACCCUCAACAGGACACCACCACCCACCCUUGGAUUUCCUUCAGUGGGAGGCCCAGCUCUAUCAGCAGCAGCAGCAGCACCUCGUCUGAUCAGAGGCUGCUGGACCAUGCUGCACCCACUCCAACGGUGGACCAUCACCCAAACCUGCACCCCCAUCAGGGCAGUAGCAACCCAGUCUCUACCAGGACUCCAGGCUGCUUCAAUUCCUCUGAAUCGAAAGUCCUCACCUCCUCCUCCUCCUCCGCUUCCUCCUGCUCCUCUUCCAAAUCUCUGGACCUAAAGGCGACAAAGAUGCCUGCAGGAGGCUUGUGCCCCACCGGUGGCCAGCAGGGGCCGGUGCUGAUUCCUUCCUCCCCGGCCGAGAAGAAGCACCUCCUUCUCUGUGAGCACUGCGGGAAGUGCCGCUGCACAGAGUGCACACUUCCCAGAGCCCUACCCUCUUGCUGGGUCUGCAACCAGGAGUGCCUGUGCUCUGCCCAGAGCCUGGUGGAUACAGCCACCUGCAUGUGCCUGGUCAAAGGGAUCUUCUACCACUGUACCGAGGAUGAGGAUGACGAGGGCUCCUGCGCUGACAAGCCCUGCUCAUGCUCCCAGGCCAACUGCUGCGCUCGCUGGUCCUUCAUGGCCGCCCUUUCCCUUGUCCUGCCUUGCCUGGUCUGCUAUCUUCCAGCCAUGGGCCUGGCCAAACUUGGACAGAAGUGUUAUGACAAUGUUAGUAGGCCUGGCUGCCGCUGCAAGAUCUUGCAGGGUGGCAAUAGCGUCCCUGUGUGUAAAAAUGGGAGUGUGGAGGCAAAGGUUGGAACACUAGAGAAGCAGCAGCAGGGGUCAUGAUACUGGACUAAACUGGCUGGCAGUGGCCUUGCAAAAGUAUGGACAGGACCACACGCGCUCACUCUCUAUGGAUAGGACAAUCCAACACCAACCCCUUAAACUACCCCAUUAUUCUGCUGGAAGAUGAUUUAUGUUAAACAAAGGUACUUAAAUGGCUUUUUGACCUAUGUUUGAAUGGGUGGUGAACACGACGGGACUGAUCCGAGAGAGAUGGCUAGGAGAAAUAGCUAACAGGCCCUCUGAGAUGUUUUUUUUUUUUAAACUGUUUUUGUAAGAGGGACCCAAGAAGAAGAAGAAGAUGAGGAAGAGACUCGAUUGUGGGAAUGGUGUUUGUGUUGUUCUGCAAAGAUGGCAAAAGGCACAAAGUCAUUGUACCUCUCUGCUGCUCUGUAUUUCUCAGCUAAUUUUUGUAUCGGUAACUAAUCAGAAGCUGGUGGCUGAUCCUUGGAUAACAUUAGAAGUUGGAAUGAUGGAGAUAUGGAUCUGUGCAACCCCCUCCCGUUCCCCCCGUGUCCCCUCUGUCUGAACAAACAUUCAAAUACAUGAUUAUCUAUACUGUGUACUUUAUGAGAGGCCACGGCAAGAGUGAAACCACCACUUACUCUCUCUCUAUGCUAUUACGAUGAUCACCAUCUCUUAGUGUCACUAUUGUUCCUCCUUUUCCUUAAAAAUGCUAGCGGGGUUAUUGCUAACAUUUGAGCUCCACGGAGGGUCUGUAAACACACGACUUAAAUAACAAGUAGUCAUUUUCCUAUAGUUCAUACUCUGUAUUGUGUCCAAGCAGAGAGAGCGAGAUAAUCACUGAACGACAUUUGGAGGGUGAAGCGCAGACAUUCUAAAACAUUUUGAAAGUCUUUCACCAGUCACCUCAGAGGUAAUGCAUGUCAUGACCUGCAUGCUCUAGUGUAAUGGUUUCCCAUCGUGCUAGAGGUCGAUGUGUCGUAGAGAAAAUGUGUGAAAAAGUACACCCAACCUUCUCAGGGACUGUUACAGAAAUCCUCUCUAGAACUUGGCGUACUGCAUGUUGAUUUCUAAACUGCCUAAGAGCCUGGUCUGCUUCCUCUUUGCACAAGAAGGCAAAGUAAUAUUUAGGGGCAAAAAGGCAGUACUGAAUAAUUUAAAAUGAGUAAGCUAAGUGAGAGACAAACUGGCCAGAAAAUUAAUGUUUCCGGAGGAGAGGGGAUGCAAGAGAUAAUGAAUGAAGAGGCG